AUGGUUUUUGAUUGCAUUAAUGAGCGCGUGGAGCGUGAUUCCCAUAAGAUCCGGUAUGCAGAUUUCGAAAACCAGGCGGAAUUCAACGCCAUUAAAGCAUUGUAUCAUGUUCAGCUGAGGGGACAUCAAACUCCUGAAUCAAAAAGAAUGGAUCUCGAAGAGUUUGAAAAAAUCUUCCUGAUUCCUCAGACCUGUGGUUACAAAGACAUUUUUCACGAAACCAUCUCAAUGGUGGCCCCUCAAGCCCCAUUAAAUGCAUACUUGAAAAAUUCAUUGCUCAAAAAUGAGCAAAGCUUGAGUUUUGCUUCGCUUUGUACUGAUCCCAAAGGCCUUCUUGAUGGGGGGACCUCUUUGCUUGCAUUGAAGCCAUUUUGUUUUCAAAAGAGAUACAAACAUAUUGAAAAGCCGACUUUGCUUGCAUUGACAUAUCCUGCUGCUCCGAUUAUCGAUCAGACCGCAUCUGGCGGCACACCCAGCUCCAGUCUUAUUGAAGCUGGCAAUGGCAGCGGUCAACUCCAAACAAAGGCUUCAAAGCUAACCAAUGCCGAUCAUAUGGAGCUCUCAAAAUUGAAUUUGCCGCUGGUGUUUAUGAAAGUUGAGAAAAAUAGCAUCACUCCACACGUGGAAAAAGAGAGCAGCAUUCUCCAUUGCAACAAGCCAAGCUCCGAUGAAACAAAGACCAGAAAACCCCCCAAAAAACCUUCAAAAUCUUUGGAUAUAAAUCCAAAAGCAAGCAAAUAUGUAAAGCACAUUAUGAAUGAGCAGUUGCCACAAUUAUGGUCAGAGGCCGAAUGGGUCCAAUUUGCCAAUUCCACCAAAUUGCCGAUAGAUUCCCCAUUUAAAAAAAGCAAGGCCUCAAAGGCCGUGUCAAAGGUUACGCCAUCCGACAAUGGAUGUGCUCGCAUCGAUGGGUAUUUAUCGCACAUAAAAAAUAAGCUGUGGAGCCGCGAAAAUGAUGCCAAAGACAUGAACUGGGCCCGUUCGUUUUUAUUACUUUGUGAGCCUGAUUUCAGCGAUGCCGUGGCAUGUGAUGUUCCAAAAAGAUUUCUUUUCGUCACAAGGUCUUGUAUUCAUUUUUGGGGGCUAUUUACUUCGUAUCAAAUUGAACCAAAUGACCUGAUCGUUUAUUACCAAGGGGAGCUCAUUUCCAGCAGAGUUGCCUUUUUGAGGGAACAGUAUUACACCAAAAAUGGCAUCGGAUCCUCCUAUUUGUUUAGAUGCGAUGACAACUAUGUCGUCGAUGCGACUGCCAAAGGCAACAUAGCAAGGUUUAUGAACCAUUCCUGCGAUCCAAACUCCUAUGCCGUGAUAAUCAAUGAUACAUCAGGUGGCAUAAAAAUCGGAAUUUAUGCCAAAAAACACAUUGACCCUUGGCAGGAAAUAACUUAUGACUACAAAUUUCCCAUAGAAGAGUUUGAUAAGCUCAUUUGCCAUUGCAGGGCCCCUACUUGUAGGGGCUAUCUGAAUUAA